GUAAUGUGGCAGCUCUCUAUCCGUGCGUCGUUUCUGGUACAGAAAAGUAAUUUUGUGUGUGAAGAAUUAAUUUGUUAAUUUGUGUAGAAAAUAGAUUGUAUUCAAUAGGAAAAUAUGUGUACUUUGGGUCCCAAGAAGGACGGAAGUCCUAAUAUAGACUUUUUCAAUUCAGCCGAGUCGCUACAGGGCUUUGAAACGAUAAGACAGUGGCUGCAGAAAAAUUGUAAAAAAUAUUUAGCUGGUAGUAAUGAGCCAAUCACCAAAGAAUCAUUGUCGCAGUUGCUGGUGCAGUUCUUGCAGUAUGUGGAAGCAAAGUUGGGCAAAAAUUCGCCGGAACCUCCAGCGACUCGUAUACCGAUGCGUUUCUUUUUGGAUUUCAAGCCCAAUGGUGGCCUCUGCGUUAUAUUUUCCACCAUGUUUCGUUUUCGUGCCGAACAAAGGGGAAAGAAAUUUGAUUUUUCUGUGGGUAAGAAUCCAACACGAAAGGAUCCUAAUAUUCAACUGCUGAUUGACAUAGAACAGGCUUUGGUAGAGGCAGAACUCUAUCGUACCCCCUUCAUCUACAUACGCCCCGAAGUCGAUAAGCAGUUGGCGACACGUUUAAGGGAGAUUUUGGCAACUCGCCGUGUGGAAAUUGUCUCGGAUGAAGAAGAAGCUACUCAUAUAAUAUAUCCUGAAGUAGAUCCACAUCCGGACGAAUAUGCCCGCCCCAUAUUUAAACGCGGCAACCAUGUUAUGAUGCAUUGGUACUAUUUUCCCGAGUCCUAUGAUACAUGGACACCAAAUACCUUAGAACUACCGGAUAGCGUGCUCGAGAAUCCCGAAUCGCCAGCUGAACGAUGGCGGGUGUCGGCAUCAUGGAUUAACGAUUUGGAGCAAUACAAUGAGUGGAUGGCCGAAGAGGACUAUGAAGUUGAUGAAAUGGGUAAAAAGAAAACUCACAAGCUGCGUCUGUCCAUCGAUGAUAUAAUGUCGGGUGGAGUGGACGAGAAGAAGAAAUCGGCUAGUGCUACACCGGCUGCAGCCAAACAAAAGCGCAGACGUUCCCCUUCUCCUGGCUCUUCAUCAAAGUCGGGAAAAAGAAAACGUUCACCUGCUGUGUUGCAUAAGAAAUCACGAAAUGACGAGGAGGACGAAGAUUUAACACGAGACAUGGAUGAUCCUCCAGCCGAAACAAAUCUACAGGAGGUGAUUAAGACAUCAUCUUUGCAGUCCACAGCCAGUCCGGCGCCGGGAAAUAAAUCAAGAGGGGAUAAUGACAUGAUUCCAAUAAAAGGCGGUACAUUGACCGACUUGGACGAUGAAAUGACUGGUGGAAGUGGUACCCAGGCUAUGUCUGCCUGCGAUGGUGAAAAUUCCCAAACUGGCAAAACAAGUGACAACAGCAAUACACAGGAGUUUUCAUCUUCUGCCAAAGAAGACAUGGAAGACAAUGUCACCGAGCAAACCCAUCACAUUAUUGUACCUUCAUAUUCGGCAUGGUUUGACUACAACUCUAUACAUGUCAUCGAAAAACGUGCAAUGCCCGAGUUCUUCAACUCGAAAAACAAAUCCAAAACCCCUGAAAUAUAUAUGGCGUACAGAAAUUUUAUGAUUGAUACCUAUCGUCUGAACCCCACAGAGUAUUUAACCAGCACUGCCUGCCGUCGCAAUUUGGCAGGUGAUGUUUGUGCUAUUAUGCGAGUGCAUGCGUUUCUUGAGCAAUGGGGUUUGAUUAAUUAUCAAAUCGAUGCAGAAUUACGCCCCACACCAAUGGGUCCUCCCCCUACGUCGCAUUUCCACAUACUUUCGGACACACCCUCGGGUAUACAGUCUUUGAAUCCUCAAAAAACUCCACAACCAUCGGCUGCCAAAACCCUCUUGGAUUUGGAUAAAAAACCAUCCGGCGGAGCAGUAAGCAAGGAAAUAAAAGAAGAAUCCUUGGACAAGGCCCCGCCUGUUGGUAUAAAAACAGAGCCCAUUGAGAAUGGAUCCUCAACUGGUUCAGGUCAAUUUGGUCUGAAGUUGGAUCAGUAUGCCAAGAAACCGGCUGCCAUGAAAAAUCGUACCGCAGCUAGUUUGUCACGCGAAUGGACAGAUCAAGAGACUCUUUUGCUACUCGAAGGUUUGGAAUUGCACAAAGAUGAUUGGAACAAGGUUUGCGAACACGUGGGUACCCGCACACAGGAUGAAUGUAUAUUACAUUUUCUGCGCUUGCCCAUUGAAGAUCCGUAUUUGGAGGAUGAUGGAGGAUUUUUGGGUCCUCUCGGAUGCCAACCCAUACCCUUUAGUAAAUCAGGCAAUCCAAUUAUGUCUACUGUGGCAUUCUUAGCCUCUGUCGUUGACCCACGGGUGGCUGCAGCAGCAGCUAAAGCAGCUAUGGAAGAAUUUGCUGCAAUAAAGGAUGAGGUUCCGGCUACAAUAAUGGAUAAUCAUAUGAAAAAUGUAGAGAAGGCUUCAGCUGGCGGCAAGUUUGAUCCAUCAUAUGGAUUGGCGAAUAGUGGAAUUGCAGGCACGGGAACAGAUAAAGAAGAGGAGGAUCCAAAUACGGCCACCGCACCUGGAGCUGUGCAAGCAACGGCCCCAGCUGCUUCUAGCGAUGAAGAAAUGAAAGAUGUUUCCAAGAAAGAUGAAAAAGAUCCCACCAAGUCCACUGAGGAUACUAGUAAAGACAAAGAUAAAAAAGAUGAUAGUGAAAAUGAAAAAGAAAAAGACAAAACUGAGAAUGAAAGCGAUAAAAAAGAAGAUAAUGGCUCUGGUGCCGAUGUUAAACCUGAAGAUCCUUCGGCGGAGCGUGGCUCCGGCGACAGCUCUGCCUCCAAAGAGUUGGAUACAACAAAACAAGUUUUUAACGAAACAAACGUUCAAACAGCAGCAGCUGCUGCUCUGGCCUCGGCAGCCGUCAAGGCCAAACAUUUGGCAGCUUUAGAAGAACGCAAAAUAAAGUCUCUUGUGGCGCUUUUGGUGGAGACCCAAAUGAAGAAACUCGAAAUUAAAUUGCGGCAUUUUGAGGAACUGGAAACUACUAUGGAACGUGAACGAGAGGGUUUGGAAUACCAACGACAACAGUUAAUCACGGAGCGCCAACAAUUUCAUCUGGAGCAAUUGAAAGCUGCAGAAUUUAGAGCUAGGCAACAGGCACACCAUCGUCUGCAACAGGAACAACAGUGGCAAGGUGGCACUGCGCCACCAAAUGCAGCGGCGGCAUCAACCGCAGGUACAACAGCGACAGGUGGUAAUGCAUCUAGUGCUGUUACUCCAAGCUUGCCCGGAACCCCUGCGACUGCUGGUUCUGCUGCUAACCUAACUGGAGCACAAUCGGCCGCAGCUCCACCAAGUGCGGUUGGGACAAGUGCAACAACCGCUGCCGCUACAUCAGCCCCAGUUGUUGCUCCUACAACUACACCCAUGGACACAACACCGGCAACCGUUCCACCCUCGUCAGUACCCCCUGCAACCGGUGUUUCGGAAGCCGCGAGUGCCACAUCAGCCCCGGGCCAAACUCUUGCUGCCACGAAUCCAUCAAGUGGUGCACCUAUACCUCCAAACGUAGCUGGAGGUCCUCCUGCGGCCACAGCAAACAUUCCCCCAGCAACAGUGGGGCCAGGACCUGCAGGAGGAGUACCGCCUGCUUAAAUAUAUCUCCAAUCUCAGAUAUUUUCAAUAUUCUCUAUUAGCACCUCCAAACCCUACCAUAAGAUUUUUAGUAUUUAAUUUUUAGAAGACCUAGAUUUUCCUUUUCAGAUUUGUAAAAAAUGUUUUUUUUUCAAUUUCUUUUUUUUCAUGAUGCUUUUCCUAAAUGUUUCCUCCCACUCUAUCAUAAUACGAAUUAUAAGCUGUGUCAGACAGCGAUUGAGCAAAGUUCAAACAAUUUAGACUUUGGUGAAAAAUAAUACAUACAUACAUUUAUAUUUAUCACGAUCACGAGACAAUUAUAGGAAGAAAUCAUUAUCGCUGAUACAUUCACAUAUAUCGUACAGCAUUUUCGUAAGAUUCUUUUUAAAUAAACAUAUUCGGCUACUUGUACGUAAGUAAAAAAAAUUAAAAAUUA